AUGACUGCGUUGGCUGGGGCAAUACCAAGGAUGAUGCGCCCUAUGCUGGCUCAGAACUACCCCCACAGUGGUUUCCCACUGGAAGGUAAAAUCAAAAGUCGAAACAACUUUUUGAGCACAGUUUGUGGGAAGAUUUGGGCUUCGAUGCGUAAUAAUUAAGGAGUGAUUAUUAAUAUAGGUUACUCUGUGAAUUAAAUUAUGUAGCCUACCCCACAAGCCCCCCACCUUAACAUAAACUUGGUCGUAUCCAAUUGUAAUUUUUUUUAAAAUAAUACUUUGGGAUUGACACGCUAAAUUGAGAAGUAACACAAUUAAAAUGUAAUGUUAUUUUCAUGUUUCAUUUUUCAUUUUUCAAUGUUCUUUUCAUUUCGGUUAUCGGAUGCAUAGUGGAUUGAACUGUUAUCCUCGUCGUUAUCAUCUGGUUUGUUUUGUAGUCGUUAUUGACAUACCUUUUUGUAUGUAUCUAUUUGUUUACAGGGGACUAUUAAUUUAAGUAUUAAUUGAAUCAUCUCCUAAUCUCUGAAAACAAAGUAUUUGUUUAUUUACAGAAUAUUUACAGGGUCAUAUAAGUAGGCUAUACACCUCUCUAUAUUACAACAUAACAUAUAGUAUCAUUACAUAAGGCAACUUUUAAGGCCUUUUAUUGUUACCAAACCUUUCAGUUUAAACGACUUUUAUUUGUAGUAGCCUUGUGGUGUUAUUAGUAGCCUAUGAUGGAAUCAAUGUUAGUUGUUGUGUUGUAGGCCUAUAGUUUAUAAUCAUGAAGCCAUCUGGUGACCAUUUUGUGUUUUCUUUUACUCAGUCUCUACCCCGUUAGGCCAAGGCAGAAUGAACCAGCUCGGGGGAGUGUUCAUAAAUGGCAGACCUUUGCCCAACCAUAUCCGCCAUAAGAUCGUCGAAAUGGCCCACCAUGGAAUCAGGCCGUGCGUAAUCUCCCGUCAGCUCCGCGUCUCUCACGGUUGCGUUUCCAAAAUCCUCUGCCGGUACCAGGAGACCGGCUCCAUCCGACCCGGGGCCAUCGGGGGAAGCAAAUCAAAGGUAAAAGAAAGGGAGCAUGAGCAGCUCUAUGACUGGCGAAAGUGUUGGGUUUUGUAAUGUCAUUCAUUUUAUUCUUCUCUUAAAACUGUUUUCUCGAGGUAUGACAUGUUGGGUUAAAAUGUAACAAGCCACAGGUUGGGAAAGCAUGUAAGAGGCCUAUAUUGUGUUGCUGAGUGCAAGUAGACAGUGUAAGUAGAUAUGAGCUGUUUAUUAUGCCUUCAUUAAUUAACGAUGAUAUGAUUUGUCGUUUCCUUAGCAGGGGACGACGCCUGAUGUUGAGAAGAGAAUAGAGGAGUACAAGCGGGACAACCCGGGUAUGUUUAGCUGGGAGAUUCGGGAUAAAUUACUGAUGGAUGGGAUAUGUGACCGGAACACCGUUCCAUCAGGUAAAAGGAAACGUCUGCAUUCUGUCAUAAUUGCUGCCCAUUUAAAUGGGUGCAAUCUUCACCUGCAGCCGUAGAUUGUUCAUCAUCAUCAUGGUCAUCAUCAUCACCAUCAUCAUCGUCUUAUUUAACAUAAUGGGCCUAAUGUAUUUUCCUUCUCAAUAACCACAUUUUACCAUAAUAAAAAACAGUUUACUCUGAAACGUAAACAACUGCUGAAAACUAUGGCUGCGGGAAAUAAUAACUGUUAUAAUAUAAUUGCCAUGUUAAGUUUAAGUUAAGAUAUAAUCAUAACAAUUAUUGCAAUGCAAUUAUCGACGCUAAAGUCAAUAUAUUUUUUUAAUGGUGCAUCUGUUGAUAACAAGUUCUAUUUAUUUGAUGCUUUAUCACGGUAGAUUAGAAGAAAAAGUAAAAGCAAAUGAGUGCAGAUUGUUGAACUUUUAUUUAGACUUUUCCUGUUGAUUAUUUAUUAAUCAGUGCUUUGUAAUUUCUUCGAACACAGUGAGCUCUAUCAGUCGCAUCAUGAGGAGUAAAUUCGGAGUGAAGGGAGAUGACGAUGAUGAUGAAGAUGAAAUCGAGAAAAAGGAAUUAGAAGAACACGAACGGCGGGCCAAACACAGCAUCGAGGGCAUUUUAGGAGACCGAUGUGAGUGCAAUCAUAAAUGA